AUGGCUCCGAACGUCCUCUCGCUCGCCACGGCCGCCCUCGCCCUGGCGUCGGCAGCGCAGGCCCAGUGCGGCUCCGGGUCCCCCCACGCCACGGUGACGGGGUCGGGCAACUCAUACACGGCCAGGGUGGGCUCGAACCAGGUCUACUCGGGGUCCGACUACCGCGAGGCGAUCCAGAAGGCGCUCGACUCCAUCAGCAGCGGCCAGCGGGUGGCCGUGCUGGCGUCGGGCUCGAUCGGGGCCAGCACCAUCACCAUCACCAGCGGCAAGACCUUCGAGGGCUGCGGCACCAUCGACGUGGGCAACCGAGCCGGGCGGGGCGCCAUCGAGUCGACCGACGCGAGCGACGUCAAGAUCCCCUACCUCAGCAUGACGGGCAACCCCUACUUCGGCCUGCGCUUCUCGGGCAUGCGCGGCCUAACCCUUGGCAACAUCACCAUGAACCUAAGCGGCGGCCUGGGCAUCCGCUUCGACCGCGACCGGGCGCCCAGCUCCGACGUCAGCAUGGACGUCAUCACGGUCACGGGCGCCGGCAGCCACGCGGUCGAGACGUGGAAUAUCGACCGCCUGACCAUCAACAAGGUCAUCGCCCGCAACGUGGGCGAGUCGGGCCUGCUGCUGCAGACGACGACCAACGCCAGGGUCGGCCUGGUCGACGGCGACAACGUCGGCACCGGCACGGGCUACGCCACCUUCCGCAUGGCCAACAACAACGGCCAGAAGGCGGACGGCAGCUACGGCACCAACGUGUUCGUCGACCGCGUCGUCUCGCGAGGUGGUGGCCGCGGCGUCUUCUGCGUCUCGCAGUCGGGCGCCGUCGAGAUCGGCUCGGUCGACCUGGCCAACAACGGCAACAACGCGAUCCUCAUCGAGAACUGCUACAACGUCAACAUCAAGGGCGGCAGAGUCAACGGCGGCGGCGAGGUCCGCAUCUCGGCCCGCAGCGAGUUCCCCAACACCAGGGACGUCUCCAUCACCCUCCAGGUCGACAACACCUCGGUCCGCGAGUCCCCCUGCGGCGAAAACAUCCGCUGGUCCAUCACCGGCAAUGCCCAACAGAACAUUUGCUAG